GCAGGCCUACAAUAUUUGCUCCGGCUAUAAUUGCGAGUAUUCUAUGUUGAUCCGUGCUCUCUUUCGUCAACGAUAGAGGAUUGGGUUUUAGAGGUUGCAAUAGGAUUUUAGCUUAGGUUUAGGGUUAGAGUUGCAAAUGGGAUGUAGAAUAUGGUGGAGUUGACGUUCAGCGUAGUGUAGGUCCAGUGUUUUGGUCUUAUAGUUAAAAGGAAAGUCCAUCCUGAUACCAAUUCAAAAGAAGCAGACAUUAAUGAGAGAAACAGGUAAGUACAAGUUUGAGCAUUGUUUUCCAGUGAAAUUCAUCAACAACUUUUAUUAUCAAUUUUCAUAUAGUACUGUCGCUUCUGUGAUUAUGCCUGUGGACUACGCUGCUAUCAUAGUAGAAGUGAUGUCUGAGGAAGGGCUAUUUCCGAGAGAAGGAGUGAGGGGAUAUGGUCAGAGUAAAUGUGAGAACUGCAACAGAUCAUGGAGUACUUACAGAGCACACGUUGUCAUCGAUCUCAAAGGCCAAGAGGUGGCUAAGAUCUACAAACAGAAAUGCAAGCGGUGCAAACAAGAACAUGUUCCAUCCUUUCCCGAGGAAGAGUUCACGGAGAUGGUUAAAAAAGCAUUAAACAGGAGAAAUACUCCGAGAUCGGAAUUCAAACGACAGCACUUUAGUCGAUGACAGCGGACGUCGUGGGCGUCCUAGACGACCACCACAUGAAAAUACCCUCUGCCAAAAGUGCGGCUAUGGAAAGGGCAAAAACUGCUGGGAGAGAUAAGCCAGUCGAGGUCGGAAGAGACGGCAUGAUGUCCAACAUGGCCGUCGUUCUCUAAAGCCCGUUUUUUAUUUUGGAUUGUUAGAUUUAAAAAAAUGUGGAAAAUAGUCUUGGAAUGCCUCAUUUUAAGGCCAUCUUUAUAUUUUAAAAGAAAUAAUGAAUACAUAAUUAAUCUUAGAAUGCCUUAUAUAAUAGCUUUUUUAAAUUUGAUGUUCAACACAAUCUUCGUCCUGUGAAACCCAGUUUGAUAAGAUUCGACUGUCUGAUAAAAUCAUGAAAACAGGACCAUGGUCUUGGAAUGCCAUGGCUCUUUCAUAAUUAUAAACACAACAAUUUUAUGGGCUACCAUAUUUGUUAUUGCCUUCAAUAAUAAUUGUGCGAAUAUACAUGACAAGUUAUACACCAUCAUUAACAUUAUUAAGUGCCCAACUCCCGCAAAAAAGAAAGAUCGUACUAUAAUAUCCACAUGCACACACGAAUCUCAUUGCUAAGAUGUCCUCAUGAUAUGAAACGAUGGCAGUGUAUAUGUGAGGUCAUAAUAAUCAUGUAGCCUAUUCAUUAAAAAACACACGGUCAUUGUAUAGAUAGUUUUGUUUGUAUGCCUUAUUAAGUUUUACUAACAACAAAAAGGUGAUGUAAAUUGGAAAUAAAAAUAUAUAUGUUCUUAAAAUGCAACCUGAUAUUGGCAUGAAUGUUCCCUUUCGCUCUCCGACGUUUCAGAAGUAUAUACGUAUAUAAGCCUGCUAUUAAGUGAUACAAUUUCCAAUCGUAUAUAUUAGUUCACAUGACUGUGCUUCAAAAGUUCUCAGGAAAUUUGGAUUUCAAAUUAAGAAAUGAAAAAAAGAGUUUACUUUAAGUACUUUAAUACGCAACUUGUUCCUAGUUUCUGAAAUGAUUGAUUUUUCUCUUUCUUUCAUGUCAUGAAGGUACUUGUAUUCAUAAUUUUCUACAUUGUUUUAAAUUCUGAAUACUAUUAUGUAGGCGGUUUAAUUCAUGAUGAAAAAAAAAAUAUCUUAGAAUGUGUUGUAUACCUCGGCCAUCAUUGUGAACAUGACAAAAUGGUUCUAGCCUUAUAUAUUUGUUUAAAUUUAAAUUACUGAUUCUAUAUAGCAGCGGCACGGCAAGUUAAUGACAUCAUUUUGUGAGAUAAAUUGCGAGUUAUCACUUCGACUUGAAUAAGUGUGGCUGUAAUCUCUGUGACGGACUAUUCCGACUGACAUAAGCUAA